AUGACAGUUACCCUGGAAAUCAACAAAGAUCUGUCAACUAGAUAUCAUUACGGUACUCGCCGGAGAACUAAAGAAAUGGAUCAAAGACUAGAGAAAUUAGAGCAAUUGCAAGAGCAGAUGCAAGCUCAGAUGCAAGAAAAACUAGCCAAAGCUAUGAAAGAAGAUAUGGAAGCAUCCCAAAGAGAAUUAUUGAAUCAAUUAAAACAGUUAACGACUGGGGGGCACGAUAAGGGGAAGAGCCCCGCGGUAAAUUCUGGGGAUGAUCACGAAGACCUUGCCUACCCUCCAGGUUUCGCCCCAACCAAUGUCCAGACGCAACCAGGGGUGUACCCACAGAGGGUACCUGUCACCAUUAGAUCCCAAUACCAAGUUGGUGCCCCAGCAUCGAUAAACUUCCCAACAGGUUCAGGCUCUAAUCCCGGGGAUAAUCCUAUUAAUCCCGUGGUUCCAGAUCUCGACGACGCGGCAGAAAUAGAGAAGACAAGAGUAGACUUGCCAAAACAAUUAGAAGAUCGUUGUAAAUGGUUAGAAGAGAAGUUUCAAGCCAUGGAAAAUGCCGAUUACCAUCGAGGAGUAGACGCUAAAGAUUUGAGCCUGGUACCUGAUCUGGUGCUCCCUCCUAAAUUUAAAAUGCCAGAGUUUGAAAAAUACAACGGGGCCAGUUGCCCCGAAGCCCAUAUCACUAUGUUUUGUAGGAGGAUGACGGGAUACAUCAACAAUGACCCAUUGCUGAUUCAUUGCUUCCAGGACAGUUUGAUAGGGUCAGCGGCUAGAUGGUACAACCAAUUAAGUCGGGCCAACAUUCAUUCAUGGAAGGAUUUGGCGCAAGCCUUUAUGAAGCAGUAUAGACAUGUGAUGGAUAUAGCGCCCGAUCGAAUUGUAUUGCAAAACAUGGAAAAGAAGCCUAAUGAGAGUUUCCGGCAAUAUGCUAGAGAUGGAGGGAAGUGGCUACACAAGUUCAACUACCACUUUUAG